ACUCACCCAUUCUCUCUCUCUCCCCAUCACCCACAUCCACACCCAUUCCUAUUACACUUGGGUACUACUACUACUCCUGCUCACUACUAAAUAAGCAAGAAAGCUAUACCAUCCAUACAUUCAAUUUCUCUUACAGACCAAAAUAGGGCAAUUGGGGAAGAAGCAGCCAUGGCUACUCCUCCUCCUACAACCUCAUUGGUCAAGCCCAAACAGCUCCGGUCUCCUCCGCUCAUUCGCGCCGCCGCCAUGGGCUCAUUGCGCCACCCCACUGGAUCUCUCCCCGCCAUAAAAUCCUCUCUCCAAACACUGCAUUUCCCCAAGCAAUCUUCCACCGCACGUCAACCGCCAUCGCCGCCGCCCCAAAUUGGUAUCGCGAAACCACCGAGCUCCCCGUCUUCUCCGGCGAAGCCUCAGUGGAACGUCGUUCAGAAAGCCGCCGCAAUGGCGUUGGACGCCAUCGAGACCGCCUUGACCGCCCGCGAACUGGAGCAGCCCCUCCCCAAAACCGCCGAUCCAAGAGUGCAGAUCACCGGAAAUUUCUCGCCGGUGCCGGAGCAGCCGGUCAAACACAACCUCCCCUGCGUCGGGAAGAUCCCCGACGCCAUUCAGGGCGUCUACGUCAGGAACGGCGCCAACCCCCUCUUCGAGCCCCUCGCCGGACACCACUUCUUCGACGGCGAUGGAAUGAUCCACGCCGUCCAAUUCAAGAACGGCGCCGCCAGCUACGCCUGCCGCUUCACGGAGACGAAUCGCCUCGUCCAAGAACGGGCCAUCGGCCGCCCCAUUUUCCCCAAAGCCAUCGGCGAAUUGCACGGCCAUUCCGGCAUCGCCAGACUCCUCCUCUUUUACGCCCGCGGCAUCUUCAAUCUCGUCGACCACGGCCAGGGCACCGGCGUCGCCAACGCCGGACUGGUCUACUUCAACAACCGCCUAUUAGCCAUGUCCGAGGACGAUUUGCCGUACCACGUCCGGGUCACCCCCACCGGCGAUUUGAAGACCGUCGAACGCUACAAUUUCAACGGGGACCUCAAAUCCACCAUGAUCGCCCACCCCAAGGUCGACCCAGUCUCCGGCGAGAUGUUCGCCCUCAGCUACGACGUCGUUCAGAAGCCCUAUUUAAAGUACUUCCGUUUCUCCAAAGACGGCCAGAAAUCCGAGGAUGUCGAAAUCCCAGUCCCCGAGCCAACAAUGAUGCACGACUUCGCAAUCACCGAAAACUUCGUCAUCAUCCCCGAUCAGCAGGUCGUUUUCAAGAUGUCGGAGAUGAUCCGCGGCGGCUCUCCGGUGGUCUACGACAAAAACAAAGUGUCCAGGUUCGGCGUACUGGAUAAAUACGCCGACGACAGUUCGAGGAUCAAGUGGGUGGAUGUCCCCGAUUGCUUCUGUUUCCACCUCUGGAACGCCUGGGAGGAGCCCCAAUCCGACGAAAUCGUGGUGAUCGGAUCCUGCAUGACUCCGCCCGACUCCAUCUUCAACGAACGCGAAGAAGGGCUGAAAAGCGUGCUGUCCGAAAUCCGUCUCAAUUUAAGGACCGGAAAGUCGACGAGGAGGCCGAUCAUGUCCGAGCAGGAUCAGGUCAACUUAGAAGCCGGAAUGGUGAACCGAAACAAGCUCGGGAGGAAGACACGUUUCGCCUAUCUGGCGAUUGCCGAGCCAUGGCCUAAAGUUUCCGGCUUUGCCAAAGUCGACCUCUCCACCGGAGAAGUCAAGAAAUUCUUUUACGGCGACGACAAGUACGGCGGGGAGCCUCUCUUCCUUCCCCGUGACCCCAACUCCGACGCCGAAGACGAUGGCUACAUUCUGGCCUUCGUGCACGACGAGAACGCCUGGCAGUCGGAGCUCCAGAUGGUCAAUGCAACGACUAUGUCGAUCGAGGCCACCGUGAAGCUUCCUUCGAGGGUGCCCUACGGUUUCCAUGGCACCUUCAUUGCAACAAAAGAUUUGGACAAUCAGGCCUAGUACUGGUCUGGUCUGAGUGGAGAAAUCACCUGAGGGAUUGCUGUUAUUACGUCCCCGGAAUCUCCACUCUUACACAGUAGCUAUAUUGAGUUGUUAAUUUGUUGAUUACAAGAAUUGAAGUGGGAGGGAGAUUUUAGCAGAGGAAGCAAGCUUGAAGCUUUGUAUGGAAGCUCAGCUCGACUCUCUGCUUGUUCUUUCACACUCUGUAUCUGUCUGUGUGUAUCUAUCUGUACAGUACACUUAGUUCCUCCAUACACGUUUUUAUUUUUUUUU